CAACUCAUCCCCCCUCCUCGCAUCCCCCCCUUUGCAUAUUUGCACCCCUUCCAAACCCGAACAAUAAAACCCCUCCCGAUCCCCCGAUCCAUCCAACAACCGCAAUCCCCCCCGCCAGCGACAGGGAGUGUCGGAUACAGCCUCCCAUCUGCUCGCUCCCGUCUUCCCCAUCGAGGAGCGGGAGGAGGAGAAGAAGAAAUGGAUCCGCAACAGCAGCAGCAGCAGGUGGCGGCGAUCCUCGGGCCGGACGCGGCGCCCUUCGAAUCGCUCGUGUCGCAGCUGAUGUCGUCGUCGAACGAGCAGCGCUCCCACGCCGAGUCGCUCUUCAACCUCUGUCGUGACCUUCAUCCGGACGCCCUUGCUCACAAGCUGGCCUCCCUCCUCCACUCCUCCCCCGCCUUCGACCUCCGCGCCAUGUCAGCUCUCCUCCUACGCAAGCUCCUCACCUACCGCGUUGGUUCAUUCGCCUCCGACGCCGACCUUUCCUACCUCUGGCCCCGCCUCUCCCCCUCCUCCCAGGCCUCGCUCAAGUCUCUCCUCCUCUCUGCUCUUCACCUCGAGACGGACCGCUCCGUCUCCAGGAAGCUGUCCGACGCCAUCUCCGUUCUUGCUUCCUCCCUCCUACCCGACUCUGCCUGGCCCGAACUCCUUCCUUUCCUUUUCCAUGCCGUCUCGGCGCCCGAUUCCCCCCGCUUCCAUGAGUCCGCUCUCCUCAUCUUCUCCCAGCUUGCCUUCUACCUGGCCGACGAUACGUCCUUUGUCGGGCAUCAUUUGUCCGCCCUCCACUCCAUCCUUCUCGCUUCCCUCUCCCAUCCGUCCUCAAGCGACGUACGCAUCGCCGCGCUGUCGACGUCGGUCAACCUUAUAAUGGCGCUCGAAUCGGCUUCCGACCGUGAUCGACUGGCCGACCUCCUUUCUGCUAUGAUGCGGACGCUGACUGAGUCGCUCAAUUCUAGCCAGGAGGCCACAGCCCAGGAGGCGCUCGAGCUGCUCAUCGAGCUCGCCGGUGUUGAGCCACGCUUUAUCCGCCACCAGCUUGCUGAUGUGGUUGGUGCCAUGCUGCAGAUUGCUGAGGCUGAUGGACUUGAGGAGGGCACGCGCCACCUCGCAAUUGAGUUUCUUGUCACGCUUGCUGAGGCGAGGGAACGCGCUCCUGGGAUGAUGCGGAAACUUCCUCAGUUCGUGGGAAGGCUCUUUGCGGUCCUUAUGAGGAUGUUGCUUGAUAUCGAGGAUGAUCCUGCAUGGCACACUGCUGAGAUUAUUGAUGAAAAUGCAGGGGAGACUAGCAAUUAUGGCAUGGCCCAGGAGUGCCUCGACCGGAUUUCGGUUGCCAUGGGGGGAAACACCAUUGUUCCCAUUGCAUCCGAGUUGCUUCCGGCUUACCUAGCAGCACCAGAGUGGCAGAGGCACCAUGCUGCUCUCAUCACUCUUGCCCAGAUUGCAGAAGGUUGCUCAAAGGUGAUGACUAAGAACCUGGAGCAAGUGGUGAAUAUGGCUCUGAAUUCAUUCCAACACCCACAUCCUCGUGUUCGUUGGGCUGCAGUUAAUGCUGUAGGGCAGCUGUCAACAGAUUUGGGUCCAGAUUUGCAGGUCCAGUAUCAUCAAAGGGUGCUUCCUGCAUUGGCAUCAGCUAUGGAUGAUUUCCAAAAUCCCCGUGUACUGGCCCAUGCUGGUUCAGCAGUUUUGAACUUUUGUGAAAACUGCACUCCAGAUAUUUUGCCACCUUAUUUAGAUGGGAUUGUUGGCAAAUUACUUGUGUUGCUCCAGAAUGGAAAGCAGAUGGUGCAAGAAGGAGCUUUGACUGCUCUAGCCUCAGUAGCAGAUUUAUCACAGGAAAACUUCCAAAAGUACUAUGAUGCAGUUAUGACUUACCUCAAAGUUAUUUUGGUUAAUGCUACUGACAAGUCCAAUCGCAUGCUUCGUGCCAAAUCCAUGGAGUGCAUAAGUUUGGUUGGAAUGGCUGUCGGCAAGGAGAAGUUCAAGAAUGAUGCUAAACAGGUAAUGGAAGUGCUGAUGACCCUGCAAGGAUCACAGAUGGAGACCGAUGACCCAACAACAAUCUACAUGCUACAGGCAUGGGCCAGAUUUUGCAAGUGCUUAGGACAAGAUUUUCUACCAUACAUGAGUGUUGUUAUGCCCCCACUGCUUCAGUCUGCUCAGUUGAAACCAGAUGUAACAAUUACCUCUGUAGAUUCAGAUGAUGAUAUAGAAGAUUCAGAUGAUGAAAGCAUUGAAACCAUCACUCUUGGAGAUAAACGGAUAGGUAUCCGGACUAGCGUGUUGGAGGAGAAAGCCACUGCUUGUAACAUGCUUUGUUGCUAUGCUGAUGAGCUCAAGGAGGGAUUCUAUCCUUGGAUCGAUCAGGUUGCUCCUAUUUUGGUACCCCUUUUGAAAUUUUAUUUUCAUGAAGAAGUUCGGAGGGCUGCUGUGUCAGCCAUGCCAGAUUUACUUCGUUCAGCAAAGCUAGCUAUUGAAAAGGGGGUAGCUCAAGGUCGGGAUAAAUCAUAUGUGAAGAAAUUAUCAGAUUAUAUAAUUCCAGCUUUGUUGGAAGCAUUGCAGAAGGAACCUGAAACCGAAAUAUGUGCAAGCAUGUUGGAUUCCUUGAAUGAGUGCAUGCAGCUUGCUGGAGCACAUCUUAUUGAAGGCCACAUCAAAAUGAUGGUUGAUCAAAUCAAGCAUGUAAUGACAGCUAGUGUAGCCAGGAAAAAGGAAAUGGCAGAGCGAGCAAAGGAGGAGGAUUUUGAUGAUGAGGAAGGAGAAAUGCUUAAAGAAGAGACUGAAGAAGAAGAAGAAGUUUUUGAUAGGGUUGGUGAUUGCCUGAGCACCUUGAUAAAAUACUACAAGGCUUCAUUCCUUCCAUUUUUUGAUGAACUAUCAAUAUAUAUAACACCAAUGUUGGGAAAGGAUAAAACAGCUGGGGAGAGAAGGAUUGCCAUUUGCAUUUUUGAUGAUGUUGCAGAGCAUUGCCAAGGAACAGCUCUCAAAUACUAUGAAACCUAUCUUCCUUUCCUACUAGAAGCCUGCAAUGAUGAAGAUGCAGAUGUCAGACAGGCUGCUGUUUAUGGAGUUGGUGUUUGUGCCGAAUUUGGUGGUUCUGUAUUUGGCCCACUUGUUGGAGAGGCUCUCUCAAAGUUAAAUGAUGUGGUUAGACAUCCUGAUGCUCUGCAGUCAGAUAACAUAAUGGCAUAUGACAAUGCUGUUUCAGCUUUAGGCAAAAUAUGCCAAUUCCAUCGAGACAGUAUCGAUGCAGCUCAGGUUUUACCUGCUUGGUUAAGCUGCUUGCCCGUGAGAGGUGAUUUAAUUGAAGCCAAAAUUGUACAUGAUCAGCUUUGUUCCAUGCUUGAAAAGUCAGAUAGGGAACUUUUAGGCCCGAAUAAUCAGCAUCUUCCAAAAAUAAUUACAGUGUUGGCUGAGGUUUUAUGUGCAGGCAAUGAUCUUGCUACAGAACAAACUGUUAUCAGAAUGAUCAAUCUUUUGAGGCAAUUGCAACAGACGAUUCCACCAUCCGUUCUUGCCUCAACUUGGUCUACUUUGCAGCCUCAGCAGCAGCUUGCACUGCAAUCCAUGUUGUCCUCAUAGUUUUACAUUUUCCUCUUCUUUUUUUCCCCAUCUGUUGGUGUCAUUCCGAAACCCCUCUGCUUUUGUGAUUGGUUUGUCUUCUAGAAAUAACUUUUUAUUACCAUUAUUUUGUGUAUUUAUUUGAGUUGGGUAAUGAAUCAGUGUGUCGUCGAGUGAGGUUGUUUUCACCAAUAGGAAUUUGCAAUUUUGGUUCAAAGUGCUUAAAUUCAACUGUGAUGCAUAUUUUGUCAUGUACA